AUGGAGGGAGUCGGAGCCGGAGCCGGAGCCGGAGCCGGAGCCGGAGCCGGAGUCGGGUUCCGGAAGGAGCUGGUGAACAAGCUGCUCUCCCUGCACUUCAGGGACAAGAAGACCAGAGUCAACGCAGAUGCCCUGCAGCUGAUGGCCGAGAUGCUGAGAAUCUUCGUGGUGGAGGCAGCUGUCCGUGGGAUCCGGCAGGCCCAGGCCGAGGACCUGCCUCGUGUGGAUGUGGACCAGCUAGAGAAGGUGCUGCCUCAGCUGCUCCUGGACUUCUAG